AUGGCGCUUCUCCCAAGGGCGUUCCCACGGCUUGAACAGUUUACGUACGUGGACGGUGGCACAGACAGCCUUCCUUUUUAUCCAACGGAGUCGGCGGUGUCGGCCAGGUUCCUCCAUGAGGCGGUGCUUGGUCUGCGGCGGACGCUGAAGCAUCUUGAGCUUGGUGCUCACGAGGCGGACCUGCUAGGCGAAGAUGACGCCUUGGAAAACAGAUUCUUGGAAAGCUUAGCCAGCAUGGAGGUCCUAGAGACGCUUCGACUGCCUACGUACUUUAUCUUUGGGGAUGAUGAUGACACGGAGCAGCAGUCUGGGGAUUCGAUGGAAGUGCAGCCCAUUUUCCAUACAGACUUGACGCAGUUUCUUCCCAGGUCGAUACGGAGCUUUUACAUGGAAGACGCGCAGCAGCAUACCGUCGUGGACAUUCUGGCCUUAGCCCAGGUCGUGCCAAGCAAGUUCCCCAAUCUGAGGCACGUCACUUUUACCGACUUGCCACCAUCGUCUGAUGUUGUGGUAGGUGAAGCAUUUGAAAAGUGCGGGGUCAAGUUUAGUUUUGAAGAUGUUGAUAUCAAUGAGUACGAAUGCGACUAUACCAACGAUGGCGACUUUCCCUUUGGAAAGAAUUUUACCUAUUACCAUUGA